AUGUCCGACACCAUCCACGGGUCUACCCCAGUGCCCGUCAGCUUCUUCGUCAAGGCGGUGCAAUGGCUGCCGCCGCCGCCCUGUGGAGAACCGAUCUGGGUCUUGGACCGCCGGUGCGAUUACUGCGUAAAGGAUAAGCAGGGCCAUUGCCACGACUCCCUGGUCCAGGGUCAUUGCCACCGCUGCCUCCACCGCGACUGCACGCUCUGGGGCUUCCGCUGCGAUGGCGCGUUCAUCCUCCCGAACGUCGGUUUCGUCGGCUGGUUUGGGCGCGACACCAUCCACAUCCGCGAUGACCUCCCGCCCAUACCGGACGUCGUCGCCCAGGGCGCAGCCGACUUCGUCCUCACCUGGUUCAGGGAGAUGGAUUACACCAAGAUCCCCGAGGCCGGAGUACUCUUCGACUGCCCCUUUCCCAACAUCACCUCUUACAUGGUGCACGAAAAGUGGGACCGCCUCGCCGCGCGCCGCCUCGCCGCCGCCGUCGUUUUCCGUGCUGCCGAUGCUAUCACACCCAUGAUCUUCGGCAGCAUUCAAGAGCAAUGGGUACAGGGGCCAUUCGUUGGUGAAGAGCACAGCUGGAAGGUCAUCCUGCAUGGGACUUCUUAUCGAAAGGCACGCGAGGAUGUGAUCGGAAGCCCCGUCGCCACACCUCCACCCGCACCCGCCGCCCCUCCCGCCGCCCCCGCCAGCACCGCAAGUGGCCGACAGCGCGCGUCCGCGGCAUCAUCCCGCUCGGUCUCGCGCGGCAAACGUCACUCGGCGUCGACCUCUGCACGCGCUUCGACCUCUGCACGCGCUUCGACCUCUGCACGCGCUUCGACCUCUGCACGCGCUUCGACCUCUGCACGCGCUUCGACCUCUGCACGCGCUUCGACCUCUGCACGCGCUUCGACCUCUGCGCCCCCUAAGCGCAAUCCUUUGCCCUUGUCCACCUUGGGCAGCGCCUCCCCCGCACCUCCAUCCACCAAGCGCAAGCGCAAGCUCGAUGACCCUGACGACCGCGACGACUCCCGCUCCAGGAAGUCCGCGCGCUCAUCCAGGUCCGCCGAGGAUCGUUCAUACCCCCUCCCCACUCUCCCCGACCUCUCGCUCUUGCCAGGGCUCAACAUGGAGGAGCUUCUCGCCUCCGCCCGCUACGUCCACGCUGCCGAUGACGCCGUCCGCUGGACGCAGUUGCGGGGGAUCAUGAACAUGCUGGCGCUCCACGCCUCAGGCCUCGCCACCACCACGUCGAGACUGGCUAAGUGGGCGGAAGAGAAUGCGCCCCCCUCGACCUGUGUCGACACGCCGACAUCCUCCGAAGAAGGCGACCACAUGGACACUUAG